AUGGCUACUUAUUCUGGAAAUUUUACAAAUGGUCGUCGUCCUCAAGGGAGCAGCUCCCGUAACAUUGCCUUUUUGAGUAUCUUCGCUGUGCUCGCCGGUAGUUACCUCGCUUUCCGAGCCCAAUCGCCCAGCAAGAACGAGCCAUUGGUGUCGAAGAAAGAGGUUGAGACAAUGCAGGGCAGUCCGGCAGGUCAGGGCGAUCGAGUGGGACGGGGACCAGCUCAUCAACCAAAGGAGUGA